AUGCUUAAUAACAGACCGCAAGGGAAUUUUCCUAGUAAUACCGUGGUAAAUCCUAAAGAGAACUGUCAAGCAAUUUCGUUGAGGAAUGGUAAGCAAGUGGAGCAGCCUAGUGUACAAAAGUCAGUGGUUCAGAAUGAAGAGUUGGGUGAGAAAUCAGAUACAAAUGCGAAAGGGGUUACUGAAGACCACCAGGGUUCAAACAAGUGUCCUCCCUUUGUUGAUGACCAGCCAGUUCGAGUUCCAUAUCCUCAGAGACUUAUAAAAACUACACUAGAUAAACAGUUUUCUAAGUUUUUAGAGGUAUUCAAAAAGCUGCAUAUCAAUAUUCCUUUUGCUAAGGCAUUAGAGCAGAUGCCUAGCUAUGUAAAAUUUAUGAAAGAGAUUCUGUCCAAGAAAAGGAAGAUGGAAGAUUAUGAGAUGGUGGCGCUCACUGAAGAGUGCAGUUCAAUAUUGCAGAGGAAGUUGCCCCAAAAUUUGAGAGAUCCAGGGAGCUUUACUAUACCGUGUACAAUCGGGAAGUUUGAAUGUAAGCAUGCUUUGUGUGAUUUGGGGGCGAGUAUAAAUCUGAUGCCUUUGUCUGUCUUCAGAAGACUUGGUUUGGGGGAGGCUAGUCCUACAACAGUCACAUUACAGCUAGCAGAUCGUUCAAUUAAACACCCCAGAGGACUCAUAGAGGAUGUCCUUGUUACAGUGGACAAAUUCAUUUUUCCGGCAGAUUUCAUAGUAUUAGAUAUGGAAGAAGAUGAAAAUGGUGAAGAAGUGGUAUUCAAUGUGUUUAAGGCUUUAAAGUUUGCAAAUGUAAAUGAUAGCUGUUUCAAAGUUGACAUGGUAGAGAAAGCAGUGGCAGAAAUUAAUCUCACAGAAGAUUCACUUCAGAAGAGUUUGACAAUUGAGGAUAUAGAUGAUGAGUUAGACAGUGAGGUCCAAGAGUGUGUACAGUGGAUGAAUUCUAAAGGGCCAAUUUAUAAUCGAAAAUAUGAAGAUUUGGGCCAAGGACCUGAAAGACCAUUACCAUUAGUUCAGAAACCUCCAGAGUUGGAAUUGAAAUCAUUGCCUGCACAUCUCCGAUAUGCUUUUCUGGGUGAGAAGGAGACUUUACCAGUCAUUGUGUCUUCUUCUCUUUCUAAUGAGGAGAUGGAAAAACUGUUACAGGUGUUGAGAACCCAUAAGUUGGCAAUUGGAUGGACGUUGGUAGAUAUUCAGGGAAUAAGUCCUUCCACAGUUAUGCACAAGAUCUUGAUGGAAGAUGACAGUAAGCCCUCCAUUGAAGCACAACGUCGAUUGAAUCCAGCAAUGAAAGAGGUGGUAAGGAAGGAUAUCUUGAAGUGGUUAGAUGCUGGGGUGAUCUAUCCCAUUUCAGAUAGUAGUUGGGUAAGUCCAGUUCAGGUAGUCCCUAAGAAAGGAGGGAUUACAGUGGUGAAGAAUGACAAUAAGUAA